AAAGAUUGUGGAAAUGAUAACUGUGGAAGUUAUGAAAAACCUGAAAAAGGUAAUGGAAAAGAGACAGCAGUUCUAAAUAAUAAUGCUGCUGUCAAUAGAUGUAUGAACAAUAAUCGAGCUAAAGGAAAAGCGAAAAUUAAUCCAAUCAGUCAAAAUAACCCAAAAAUAAAGGGACGAAUAAAAGUUAAAACCAAGCCUGUUGACUUUGAUGGAAAGAAG